GCCUCCGUUUCAAAACGUCAAAGACCGUCUGUGCGGUCCAUAUGGAUGGCCAAAAAAGAUGGCCGCCUUGAUUCCAAAAUAUAUUUUGCAAGCGGCGAGAAAGCAAACAACAUGCAUCGCGGCUGUUGCGGUGCAGACGAAUCAUUAUUCGUCUCAACCUCGAGUUAUUGAAAAUCCCACUACCGCUUCUUUAAAAAGAGGCACAGGUGGCCGUAGUUCUUUUAAUGGAUUGGUCUGCACUCUGUUUGGUGCAACUGGAUUUGUUGGACGCUAUGUCUGCAAUCGCCUUGGCAAGAUUGGUACUCAGUUAAUAAUCCCAUAUAGAGGUGAUACAUACAACUGUUUGCCUCUAAAGCUCUGUGGAGAUCUGGGACAAAUUUUGUUUCAUCCAUUUCACUUGCGUGACGAGGAAUCAAUAAGAAAGUGUAUUAAGUAUUCCAAUGUUGUUAUCAAUUUAAUUGGACGAGAUUGGGAAACCAAAAACUUUACUUUUCACGAGGUGCAUGUUGAAGGAGCUCGAAGGCUCGCUAGAUUAUGUAAGGAGGCUAAUGUUAAACACUUUAUCCACGUAUCGGCUUUAAAUGUGGGCGAUGAUAUAGAGUCACACGUAUUGAAUGGUGGCUCUCAAUUCCUUCAUACAAAAUGGCAAGGCGAGUGUGCGGUACGAGAAGAAUUUCCCGAGGCUACAAUUAUUCGGCCAUCGGACAUAUGGGGUCAAGAGGAUCGAUAUUUGACAGUAUAUUCUCAUAUACUAAGACGACAUUUUAAAAAAAUACCAUUGUGGGAAAAAGGCGAAAAGACGGAAAAACAGCCAGUGGCUGUCUACGAUGUUGCAGGAGGUAUUGCAGCUAUUGCAAGGAAUCCUAAGAACACUAUUGGCAAGACUUAUCAGUUUGUCGGGCCAAACCGUUAUAAAUUGUCUGAAUUAAUUGAUUGGUUCCAUCGAAUACGGAUAUACAAUGCAGAGAUUAGAGGCUAUGGGAGAAUGGAUUUGAAAUACGCUCCAUUAUUCAAACUUCAACUUACUUUAAAUGAACUUUUGACUCCUGCAAAUCCAGUUGGAUAUGUACAAUGGGAAUAUUUGGAAAGAGAAGCUAUAUCUGAUAAGGUAUCAAAGGAAUUGCCAACUCUAGAAGAUCUUGGUAUCACAUUAACAACAAUGGAAUCACGAUUGCAUUGGGAGUUGAAAAUGUACCGUAAAGACGCUGAUAUGGAAAAUGUUGGCGAGUUUGAGCCUGUUCCGAAUCCACCAACCGUUCCAAUCCACUAAAUGCUUUAAAAAGUGCUAGAUUAAUAUAAACAUAGAAAGAAAUAUAUACUCUUACUUAAAAAAAUGACACUUGCUGUAAAGAGUAUGUUGUUAAUUAAAAAUAUUGUCUCA